AUGAGUAAAAUAAUUGUGGUAACAGGUACCUCCAGAGGUAUUGGUAAGGCUAUUGUUGAUGAAUUGAUGGAACUAGACCCUAAUGUUGUGGUUUAUGGUGUUGCAAGGACUGAGGCAGCAUUGAAACAAUUAGCAACUGAAUAUAAUGGUAGAUUCUUCUACGUUGCAGGUGAUAUCUCUCAAAAGUCCGUUCAAGAGGAACUUGUGUCUAGAAUUAAGAAGCAACAUGGUUAUUGCGAUGGGCUAGUAGCUAAUGCCGGUGUGCUAGAACCUGUUGCUCCUGUGGAAGAAUACGAUCAAGAGCAGUGGUUAACUCAUUUCAAUAUUAAUUUUUUUAGUAUCGUAUCUCUAGUGUCACAAUUACUACCACAGAUAGAGGCUGCACGUGGAAACAUUGUUUUUGUCAGUAGUGGAGCAAGUGUCAAACAUUAUUAUGGUUGGUCCUGUUAUGGUGCAGCUAAAGCAGCUCUGAACAGUUAUGCUCAAGCAUUAGCCUGUGAAAAGCCUUCAAUUCGGAGUAUCGCUGUGGCACCGGGUGUAGUCGAUACGCAGAUGCAAGUGGAUAUCAGAGACAAGUUUGGCCCAAGAUCAAUGACCGCUGAAUCCCUCAAGAGGUUUACCGAUUUACAAGAACAAGGUCAACUAUUACCACCAGAUGUCCCAGGUGCUGUAUACGCCGCUCUUGUAUUCAAGGGUAUCCCAAAGGAGCUAAACGGGGCCUACAUCAGACUUAACGACCCUCGCCUGGCAGAGUCAUAG